AUGGCCGAACUGGAAAAUGAAUGCGACAUUUUUACCUGUCCCAUAUGUUUAGAAACACUAAAAUCUCCUAGAAGUCUACCAUGUUUACACAGUUUUUGUGAAAUAUGUAUCGGUGAGUUUAUUUCAUCAACAGAACGUCAAUCAGGACAUAAACUUUCGAGUUACCCUUGUCCCGUUUGCAGAUCAGUUGUUACGCCCACCGAUCCGGGUAACGAUACUUCGCAGUGGUUAUUGUCUCUUCCGCAAAGUAAACAAAUGUGUCAAUCAGAAAGAACUGAACAGGAAUGCCACAUGUGCAAAAAGCAAAACAAAUUAAAUACAGCAACACACUGGUGUCGGGACUGUGUUGAGGCGUUUUGCAAGGAAUGUUUACGUCUCCAUAAUCUUAUGAAGUUUUUUGCAGAUCAUAAAGUUGUAAAGAUCGACGAUAUAAAAGAGUGUGCCAGUGGAAGCGAGUCUGAUUUGAGAUUAAUUUCUCAUUCGUGUCCGAUUCACAAGUCAAAAAUCUUUGAAGCGUUCUGUUUUAAUCACCAGAAACUAUGCUGCGUUCUUUGUCUAACACUACAACAUAGAGAAUGUGAAACUGUUCAUGCGAUAGAUGAAAUUUAUUAUCUGGACAAAAGUGAUAUAUUGUCAUCACUAGAAUCGGAACUAAUCAAAAUGAAAAGUAAAGUAUAUGAAUUAAAAGAAGCAAGAUGGUUUCACAAGGAACAACUAGAUUUCAUCUUCACAGAAAUUGAAUCAAAUGCGAAACAGCAUGUUUUAUGUUUGCAACAGAAACUAGAUAGUUUAUUGGAUGUAUUUAUAAAGAAACUGAACCUAACCCGUGACGAAGAGAGACUAUCUUCUGAAGAAAAGUUGGAGGCAGUUGAUAAUCUCUCGGGAUAUAUUGAACAAUUACAAAACGUGUCAAAAACGGUUCAAGAUCAGUGCAAUUUAAAUCAAACAUUUAUUUUCUUUGAACAAUCCAAAGCCGAGCUAAAAUCUGUAGUUCGUGACGUAAAAUAUGUAAUCAUUAAAACAUCAGUUAAUAAUGCUGAAUUUACUUUUAGCAAAACACUGGACCAAAUUUCCAGCGUUGAUUCUCUUGGCGAUAUUGAGUUUUCAACAUCUAAUCCGAUCGAUGGUGAUGAAUUUACUAGACAGUUAUAUCCAUCAAAAAGUAUUUUACUUGACAAAAGUAGGCCUCCACUCUGUUAUAAUAACAUUUCAUUUAAACGUAACAAGACUGUUAGUUUAAAAGGCUUUACUAUUUACGGAUGUGUCUUUGUUUCAGAAACCGAAGUUGUUUUAGGCGGAAGUGAGAUAUAUAAGGAUGUCUUAACAGGAAACAUUAAGACUCUUGACAUAUCAACUGGAAAUAUCACAUCCGAAUAUAUUAUUGCGGACAUAGUCAAAAGACUUGCUUAUGAUUUCGAGAGUGCAUCUCUAUUUGUGUCAUGCGAUGGUUCAAAAUUUCACUAUUUGAAGUUAGUCAAUGAUGUCAGAGCACAUGUAAAUCUCGAAAGAAUAACCAAAAGCGUUGGAGGUACAUGUGUAUUUGAAAAUAAUGUGUAUGUAAUUGUCGAAAAAAUCGUGAAAAAAGUAAGCAUCGACACCUUAGAGAACGACGUCAUUCCAGAAACGUGUUUUAAGACUGAUACCGUCUUUACAUUUCUUAACGGACUUGAAAUUGACUGCAAGAAUAAACGUUUACUAUACACAUCUUCAGAUUAUGAGGUAGUGUGUUCGUCAUUAGAGGGUCAUAAAAUCUUUUCUUAUAAAGAUCAUAAUAUGGAAAGUUAUUGUUUAGCCAUCUUUUCACAAGGUGAAAUAUUGAUAGGUGAUAUUAAUGGCUCCGUAUAUCUUUUAUCAAAAGACGGUAAGAAAAAAAGGACUGUUAUCAAGAAAGGCAAAAAGGUGGUCCCAAUUUGGGAUAUCUGUUUAAACAAAUAUAAUACGAGUUCGGUUAUUUGUGGACCUGACUUCAUAGAAGUAUAUGACAUUGUUUCUGCUAAACAAAAGAUAUAACAUUUGAAGACAUUGAUUAAUUUUUGAUUUAACACUUAUUAAUAAUCAAUCAGUGUACUUAUGCAUAGAUUCAUAUAGCGUUAAAAGUUAGAAAAAUGCAGAUAAUUUUGAUAAAUGAUGAUACAAUAAGAUAGAUAGAUAAAGUAGCGUAAUUUCAUUUACAUUUAGUGGAAUAUGUAAUAGGAAAUUAUUUUUAUUUAUAUAUUAAGAAUGAGUGAACACUCUUUAUUUUUAUAAGAAUGCUGUGCGAUUGCACUGUUUUGAAUAUCUGAGGAAGGUGACAACAAAAUAUAGAAAACUCGAAAGAACAGUUUUUAAUUAUAUCGAAAAAAAUACUUUUCCAGUGAAUUUUAGCAAAUUUGUUAAUAGUAUAGUCAUUGACCAGGAGUCUAAAUAAUAUGGCUUUUUUGUUCUUAAGUUACAACAUCUACAACUUGUUAUAUACA